AGCACGUCCCAAUGACGGGCAGAUGGGUGUCAUCCCUCGCACAAGGUGCCAUCUGCCCAGCUGUCGCCCAUCGGGAUCAAGGAAAGCCCGGGGUCACCCCAGGAGUCUGCGCUGCUCCUGAUCUGACUUUAAAGACCUUGAGCUGGCAAGAGCCUUAAUCAUCCUCACGGGACAUUCAAAGGGAGCACACGGGCCACGUCUGCCCACGGAAGAGGCCAAAAACCCAAAGGUUCCCACACAGCUUUCUUGCAAUAAUGGGAUCUACAGUGAAAUUCGGAGCUCCUGCCAAGCAACUGCUGUGUUGCAUCUCAAAAGACGUUCCCAGAGAGAGAGAGACGGAUGCGCCAAAAUACUUUAGCUGUAACCGAACGUUCCAGGGAUCCCAGAAACAGCAGACCAAACGGGAAUCAGCCUUUGCUCAACGGAAAGCCGAGCGUGCCUCCAUGAGGGCUCACCUCCGGGAGAAAUAUCAGCUGCCCAAGAACCGGACAGAUAGGAAGCAACUGGAAGCGGCCGGGGGAAAGACGAAACUCCCCCAAGACCUCCUGGCAAUUGUGAAGCCUAAGGACACUUCGGAGCCCGGCUCCAUCUUCUCUGCUUGGGCCGGGUUGGAUUUCAGCUCCUUGAGGAUCACGGCAGAAAGCGCAGUGGAGUCCCUCAAGCGGCCUGUGCAGUGCCCCGUGAUGUGAAAGAUCCGUCCCCAGAUACAAACUUCUCUGAUUGCAGAAUAAAAUAACAGUUUUUCAGUGUGAUGAAGGUUGAGUUCAGCAGGCCAAGCGGUUGACAAUGCCCUCCACGCUGCCCUGGUUCUCGAAGUCUUGACCAAGUUGUGAAAGGGAUUUAGAAGUCAAACUGAACAUGAGCCAACAGUGGGAUGCAGCAGCAACAAAGGCCAAUGCGAUUCUAGGCUGCAUCAAUAGGAAAAUAUGGUCUAGAAAUGGAGGGGAAUCGUAAUCCCACUCUCUUCUGCUUUGGUGAGACCUCACGUGGAAUCUGGGCACCAAAACACAAGGACGAGAUGGACAAGAUGGACAGUGUCCAGAGAAAGGCAAGCAAAAUGGCCAAAGGUCUGGAAGCCAAGACCUAGGAGGAGCGGUUUAGAGAGCUGGGGGGCAUUUCAGCCACUAGCAGAAAAUCCAAGAACUAAUCCUGAAAUCACAAAACUGAUUUUAUAAUAUACUAAAAUCGUGUUACAUUAA